UACAGUCCCAGUCACUGCCACAUUAUUCCCAACCACAAUCACAACCACAACCACAACUACCACAACUACCACAACUACCACCACCACCACCACCACCACCGCCACCACCGCCACCACCAUCAUCAUCAUCUUCUUCUUCUCAGCAACAACCGACUCAAAUUCAACAUCAACCUUUUUAUAUAGCACCACCACAACAUUCAUUUUCUCAACACCCUUUUCCACAGAUGCCGCCUAAUUCUUCGCCUAUUCAUAAUAUAUCUCAGUCUAUCCCCAAAAAUUUAAAUAUUACUACCCCUACUACCAUUAAUACUACUAUUCCUACUCCUGUUGUAACUACCACUAACAUGAAUACUUCGGUUCAACAGCAGCUUACUUCUUCUAAUCACCAGGAAUUGAAUAUCUCACCAAUACAAACCAAACAAGACACUUCCAUGCCAAAUUCAUCUAUUAUUGCUCAAUACUCAGUACCCAACUCAUCUGUUACGGCUCAAAUGGUCAUGGCCCCCUCACCUUCACUCUCUCCUACAACAAUAAUAAAUUCACCUACUGUAGUACAGGCACCAACUAUAGAAACAUCUACAAAGCCUAUUAUUCCACCUAGACCCCAAUUGCGUUUACAUUUCGCAAGACAUCCUGGCAAUUUAGAUGCUAUCUUUGAUGACCCUACCGAUCCUAUGAAACCUGAUCUUGACGUAACUAACUUGCGACGUUUAACAAUAGCUACCUUGCGUACUCUCGGUGUUUAUCUUUCAUUUGAAGAGUUACCUCAAGUAGAUAUACUUGAUCCUUUACCCACUGAUUCGCAACAGGUCUUACCCGCGGCUGCAAUGCAACUGAUCACAACGAUGGUCUUGGGCACUUCAGGUGAUAAAGAUGUUUGCCAAACUUUAGGGUCUCAAAUCUCGAAUGGUGAUUUAGUAGCACUUCAACGUAUGAUUGUAGCAGGUCUUCGUAGUAAAAAUAUCGUCAUUCAUACCGUCUUAAAUGAACAACCUUUAGCAACAAAAGCAAAUAGUAAUAUAAAGAAAUCGGCUUCAUCUGAUGAUGUCAUGGUUGAUUUAUCGCAUAUCAAAUAUGAGCCUCCUCACAAUGUGACUCGCUUAUUUUUACGUUUAUAUCGAUUUAUUAUUAACAUGUUGCUCUCUACACCUGACUGUUGGCCCUUUAUUCAGCCUGUGCCUGAGACAGCAUUUUUAUACCAUCAAGAAAUUAAAAAUCCAAUGGAUUUACAAACGAUUGAACAAAAUGUAUGGCAAGGAAAAUAUACAAAGUUUGCUCGAUUUGAGAAGGAUAUGCAACUCAUUUGGAGAAAUGCCAGAACAUUUCAUCGAAACGCUGGUACAAUUCCUAAACAUGCUGAUAAUCUUGAAAAAUUAUUCACUAAAAUUGUUAUGGAUAUAAAACGUCAGAUAAGAAAACAACAACAACCUUUAGGUCCUCAUGAUUUCAAAUUUGACCCCACUAAUGUGUUGCCUGAAGAAUCUGAUUUUUCGUAUCCUCCUAUUGGACAAGUAUUUUCAGAGCAAAGUACAGUAUAUACUAUUUCUGCAUUAUCUCCUUUAGAACCGAAGGCACGUAAACCUAAAGGAUUAACAAAUGAAAAGCUCCUUUAUCUACAACUCAAUGGACCCUUCUUUCAAGCAGUCGAACGUAUGAAAUUAGAUCUAGAAGGGAAUCAUCACAUUGUGCCUCGCUUUUAUAUUGCUAAAAAUCGUACUCUUCUACGACAAAUUCGUUCACAAGGUGUCUUGGCUAUAUUUUACAAUACAAAGACAAAUCGUGUACGGUCCAGCAAGAAUAUCAAUAUUGAAACGGACAUGGUGUUGGCCUAUCCAGCGAGUGAAUUAUUUGAUAUCGAUCAAAUCAAUGAAUGUACAGAUGAUUUUGCACCUAAGGGAUGGAUCCAUCUGAGACCCUUACGUGUUGUGAAUCGUAUUAAAUUUGAAGUCAAUGAGGUGAUUGAACGUGAUUAUUUUAGAAGAAUGUUUGCUACUUCAAAGAUGGCCAUUGAUGAUAAGAAUGGACAUCAUAAUCCUGCUACAAAGGCAUUAUUAAAAAAAGUUGUACGACAGAUUUUAGGUUUGCCUCCAAUUCAAGAUGAUGUUGUACAACAGAAAAUCUCAAAUGCUGUGCAACAACAGCAUCCGUUAACUACCACCGUAAUCAAAAACGAGUCUAAUCAUCAUGAUAAAGCGUGUCUAAACAUGCAGCAACAACGUAUGUUAAAGACAAAAGAAGAGGAAGCGAUGGAAACAAACGAGGGUUCAGAUGAUGAAAAACAGAUAUAUAGACCGGAAGAAGAAAAGAUGGAUAUUGAUGUUAAAAAGAAGAUCAUUACUCAAUCAAAUGCUCAAAGAUUAGGAACAAAAGAAAUGAACCAUGAAGUUUGGAAAAAAUUAUUUAAUGUUUGUACAAGUAAAGGCGUUUUGAUUCGAAAUAUAUCUGAACAUGGAAAUAUAAAUUGGAGUUCACCCAAUUCUGAGGGCUUCUUUAAAAGAGUUUAUUUUUUUGAUAGUAUUGUGAUUCAAGCAUUUAGACAAAUGACCAUGUAUCAACGUAUUACAGAGGUUGCCUGUCUUAUGAAAUUAAAAAAUCUGCCACAUAUGGCACAGAUGAGAGAAGUGUUAUAUAAUGAUAAUGGAGAUGUAGCAGGCUUAUCUAUGGAAAGAUACCAAACUACAUUAAAACAAUACACACAUGUACAUUCUCACCAUCGAUUAUCAGCCUAUCAAAAAUAUGAUAUUGUUUAUCAAAUGUUAGUCUGUAUGAAAAUUAUUCAUGAGGCAGGCCUCGCUCAUAGAGAUCUUUCAGAAGUAAACAUUAUGGUGAAUACAGUGGAGGGUCAAAUAUUAGAAGAUGGUAGUGAAAAAGUAUAUCUUUAUUUAAUUGAUUUUGGUAAGGCCGUGUUCUGUAGAGCAGAGGAUGUACGGGAUUGGUUUGUAGAUGUACCUCGUGCAGAAUGGGAGUAUGAUGGAGACGUUGUUCCAGAAACAAAGGAAGAGUUAGAUUCAUGGUGUGAGUCGUUGCCAUGGGUGAAAGGCAAACCAGAUCAUGGGUAUCGUAUGUAUAGAUCGAUUCAGACGUUACCGAAAACAAGAUCGGAUAAUCAAGUACUUCCUUGGUUAAUUCAUCCACAAGCCGAAGAUAUUUAUUCAAUUGGAGUCAUGAUCUGGAAAGUGUUUACAGAUACAGAACCAUGGCGAGGUAUUUUAGAUACAGAUUUACAAGGACUACGCUAUGUGGCAGAGGACGACUAUCGUAUCCAACGUGCAUUAGAGGGCGAGGUCCAUGGUGAACUGAGUCGACAGUUAUUACUGAAAUGCUUAAAGACAAGACCUCAAGAUAGAGAGUCAGCCAAAGAAAUCUUAACUUGGAUUGAACAAGCUAAUGUAAAAGAGGGCUUAAUUGGUGAAUGGAAAAUGUAUUCAUCAGAUACCCGAGGAUCACGAAGGGCAAAGACUUUUUAUGGUUUUGAAGAUACAGCAACAAUAGACGAAGAAGAAAAGAAGAAGCCUAGAAGAAGGACAGCUACUGGUGGAAGUAAAUCAAGAGGCCGACCUAAAGUUGCAAAAGAUCCUUCCUAUAUAUAAAUAUAUAUAUAUAUAUGUGUGUGUGUAUACAUAUAUAAUUAUAAUUUCACAACAUGAGAAAAUUCCAUUUUUUUUAUUCUACUUGGCCUUUAUACAACACAACAUACACA